AAGGAUAUAACCUGAAGCAGAGGCGAAGUGGUGCCGUCAUGCCAUAAACCCCAGAAAGCACAAGCAUAUGAAUAUGGCGACUCCCAACCCUAACGUCGUUUUCAUAGACACCAACCUCGAUACCCACUUGGCCCUCGUCGUUUCCGACCUUGACACUGUCUCCGACCUCAAAAAGAGUAUUCUGUCGGAACAUCCCUUAUGCUUUCCGAAAAUUGGGCAAGUUCAGAUUCAUGGUAUAAAGGUUGAGCGCAAGGGGUACUUUUACCACCUUACAGAUUCCAUGCCCGUGAGAAGUGCCUUCAGGGGCAUCAAUGGGAGCUGGUUUCUCAGUGUUGAUGUUUCUGUGUUGAGGGAGUGUUCUCAGAAUGAGCAAUUAUUUUCUCACGGUUCCCCUAACCAGGUGGCCACUCUUGGCAUUGCAAAUAAUGCUUUGAUUGUGGGUUCUCCAUCCAAGAGGGUGUCCACCUUUGACCAUUUCAAGUUGCCUCAGUUGGAGAACAGACAAAAUGAAGAAAUUCAUGUUGCUAGUCCAUGUGUUUCAAAACAUACCGGCAAAGGAGUUAAAUCGUCUGCUGACAAUGACAUGGAAACCCCAUUACCUGGUUCUGUUCAUGAGACAGAGGACCAUUGCUUUGUAAAUCGUGAACUGCCAAGUUUAAAUAUUGAGUGCGAAGUAGAUGGAUCUGGUAAAGGCAUUAAGGAUGAUCAUAAUGUAUGUGAAGAGACUCCUGUGUCAAGUGCAAAGAAAAAACGAAAGAAUAAAAGGAAAAAAGAAGACACAGCGCAAGAUGAUACUGCUGUAGACAAUGCUCUUAGUUUUCCAUCCAAAAGGGCAUCCGGUGCAAAUAAUGAACUUCCAGGUUCACGUAUUGAACACGAGGUAGAUGGAACCAUUGAAGGCAUUAAGGAUGCUUGUAUUGUACAUGAGGAGGGAAAUUGUAAAUCUGUAUCAAAUGUGAAGAAAAAACUGAAAGGUAAAAGGAAAAAAUUAGGCACGUUGCAGCAUGACACUUCAAAAGUAAAUGAUGCUUCUGUUGUUGGAUCUGGUGAUUAUACAAUUCAGCAGGAUAUUGAGGUCAUAGCAAACCCUUCAGAGGAUGCAGAUAAAGAAGUAACUAAGGAAACUGAAAUUUUAAAGGAGCAUCAGCACACUGAUUGCAACAAUAAUAACACUAAGAAUGACAUUGAUGUUGCUGCAUCUGCAAAUAAGAAGCAUAGGAAAAGGAAGAGGUCUUUGGCUGUUGAUUCUAAAGAAAUGUUCAAGGUAGAGACAGCAAUUCAGCAGGAUGAAGUGCAUAAGUCUAAUGAAGCACAUAAGGAAAAGAAAGAAUCAAAAGAGCAGUUUGAACUUAAAAAUGAAAAAUCUAGGGAUGAUGUUGAAUAUAAGCAAGAUCAGGUAACUGAAGACAUUUUAAAUACUGGACCUCCUGCAAAGAAAAAGAGGAAUGGCAAAGAGAAAAGUGUAGAAGUAAUUUUGUCCAAGGCAAAGUUGAUUAAUCAUUUCAAUGGAGACAAUGCUUCUCACCACAUUUUGGAGGAUCAACAGAAGAUUAAAAACAGCAAUGCUGACCAAUCAGCUAAACAUUUUGAUGACACAGAUCCACCAAGAACUAGUGUGCAGGGUAGGAGGAAGAAAGGGAAGAUAAAUUCAUCAAAUCCUCAUGAAACACCUGUAGUUACUUCUUCCAGGAAAGGUGAAGAAGCAGAUUGUUCCAGCAUUCAAAGAGGUGUUCAGGAGGAAAUAUCUGAAGAUGCCCUAUCAUCUAAAGAUAAUAGUAUGAGGAAAGCUACUAUUGACAACAUGGAGACUGGAACAGAUGCAUGCAAAGAAGGCUUUCAAUAUACAGAAAGAGCAACAGGAUAUUAUAAGAACCAUUCUGACAUUGAAACAAAUGCACACAUAGCUGAUGUGGAUGAGCCUAUGGAGCUGACAGAGAAUAGUGAGAAUGUUGUCCUUGAUCAAUGUCAUAAAAAUGAAGCUGGUCAGAUUGAGGGAGCUGAGGAAGGAAGAGAAUUAUCACCACAAAAUGAUUCUAAGUUAGCCCUGUUGGAAAAGUCCACAUCAUCCAGCCAGGAUAAAACAGAUGCAAACAUCAGAGAAUUAAAUGUGACUUCAAAAGGUGUGGAUGCCAAUGGAAUGACUGAACCUAUAAAGUCAGAGAAGGAAAAAAGAAGGAUGAGAAAAGCUAAGAGUUCAGGUGGAGGGUCUGCACUUAGAGAAGGUAUUGGCCUUGUGGAUGCUUCUGAGAGUGAAACUGUUAUUAUGAAAUCUCUUAGUGCAAAAAAUUGUGAUCCUAUGUCAGGAAAUACAGAGACAGAGGAUAACCCUUUAAAUCAAACAGAAGGGGAAAAAAUUCAUCAGGAGAAAGUACAAGGGACUUCUGAUAAGGAAGAUGAUUUUGGUGUUGAUAAUGCUGGUUCCUUGGAACAAAUUACAACUAAAUCUAAUGAACGCAUGGACAAGAGACAGAGAAAGAAAUCAAACGACAAACAGACUUCUACCUCAAAGAUCAUAUCAAGUAUGCUAACAAAAGAUAAAGUUCUUGAUAGUAAGAAGCCAUCACCAUCUUCUGACAGUGGAACGCAUGGCAAACCUUCAGUUGCAGUGACAAAGAAAAGUAAAUCUACAAGCACAAAGUCCACUAACAAAUCAAGCAAAACAAAUUUGGAACUGGUGGAAGAGUCUGUUAGACUUGAACUUUCUGAUUCUCGAUUUAAUACUGGGGGUAAAGAUGCUGCCCAACAAUCAACACGCUCUGGAGAGAAAGAUGAUGAUAACUUGGAAGCAAUAAAUGGACAAGCUCAUGCUGAGGAUUUAAGCUCCUCACAGCAAUUAUUAUCAAAGGAAGAGCUUGAUGUAAGGAGUCACCCUUGUAAGAAGGUUCCAAAUGUACACAGGGCUGGACAAGAUUCAAAAUUGUCUGGUAGGUCUGACAGGGCCAUGUCCUUAUUUGGAGAAAACAGAAAGGCUCAUGUCAAUGCUUCUGGGAAAAGUAUGGAUUUGGAGAAACGAAGAAAACAUGUUCCUGUAUCAAACUCAAAGCCGGAAGGUUCCAUAAAAAUGGUUCAAAAUAAAGCAGGAAAAGCUUCUGGGAACAACAUUCAUGGAGUUGCAAGUAAAAUACAACAGAAGAAGAGCUUGUUAUCAGGAGCAAUUUUCAAGGAUGAUAGUAGCGGCACCUCUGUAGAUGAAGUUGAUAAUUCUGAUGCCAGUACUAGAACUCCAUCAUAUAAUCCACUGUUGUCUGAUUUUUCUGAUGGGGAUAGCAGUUCAGUUUCAAAUGGUGGUAGAAGUCUGGAAAAUGGUGCAAGAAGUUCCAUAAAAGCAAGGUUGUCAGGCACAAAAGGGAUGUCAAUCGAUCAUGUUCUUAGAAGCUCAAGCAGGUAUAAAAAGGCCAGAACAACGGCCUCUCAAUUGGAAGAGACUCAAAGCCAGCCCAAAUUUGUUCCAGACAGCCUCGCCGAGUAAUCACACAUUUCAGCAGAAGAAAGGAAAAAGGACACGUAACCACAACAGUGGUAUUUUUGUUCAUUUUUGUGUCCUUACAGAGCUCCGUCUUUGUUGCCCUUUUACUUGUAGGUUUAUCUCGUUCUUAACAUUCCAAAAUCCAAACAGAAAACUAUUUUUGCCGUGUAAGCGUGUUUACCUAUCUAGUUGGUGAUUUAUAUCACGAAUCUAGUAAAGGAGAACAAUGUGAUAUAUUCUACUACUAUAUGUAUGUUACACUAAAUUACUUAUAUCCCUAGUGUGAAUUGUGUGAAGUAUCUUUCAAUUC